UGUCUUCAAAAUUCAAUGUUUAUGGCAUUUUUCAAUUUAAUCUCUUGACCUAAUUUUAUUAACAUAUUAUUUGAUCUACAAAGCAUUUUGUAAUUUAUGUGGAAGCUGCAUGUUUGUUGUUUGGUCUCUGGGUGACGCUCUUCUAGUGUAGUACCAGAGGAGCCGGGUGCCCUCAUUCCCUGAUUUCAUUAGUGUUACACAGAGAGAGUGAAGGGCGGGGGAUGUGUGUUAGUGCUGCGGGCACAGAGGAGGGAGUGAGAAAGAGAGAGAGAGAGAGAGAGAGAGAGAGAGAGAGAGAUGAAGAGAAAAAUAUAAGCCGACAGUAUCAGGCUUCACAGUGCAGGAUCUACUCCAUUUUUGAACUCCGGAUGGAUGAAGAAUCUGCGUAUAUUUUUGUUAUUUUUGUGUUGGCUUUUAAACUUAUUUAAAUUUUUAUUUAUGUAAGAUGUUUUUUCCAACAAGAUACAUUCUUUUUUUAAGGGUGCAAUGCAUUAAGAUGCUUGUGGUAGUGCUGUCUGUUUGUUUUUUUUCCGGACGUGCACUCGGUGAAGUGCGCUACUCAGUUCCAGAAGAAUUGCAGCGUGGCUCGGUAAUUGGAAAUCUAGCACAAGACUUGAAACUUAACGUGGAUGAACUGAUACGACGCAAUGCACGAGUCGUGGCAGAAGGGAGUCGACAGUUUUGUGAGCUGAGUACAGAGACAGGCUCUCUCUUAGUCAGUGAGCGAAUGGAUCGGGAAGAGCUUUGCACACAGACUGAGGUAUGCAUCAUACAGUUUCAACUGCUCCUCGAGAACCCACUUAAAGUGUACAGCCUCGUACUGGAUAUACAAGAUAUCAAUGACAACAGUCCCUUUUUUGAUAAUGGACAAAUUGAAAUGGAGCUUUUGGAGUCAACAAUUCUGGGGAGACGCUUCCCACUGGAGAGCGCACAAGAUCCUGAUAUGGGAGCUAACUCAGUUCAGCACUACCGACUUAGCGAAAACGAUUAUUUUGCUUUGGAAAUGAACACUCAGAUGAAUGCAAAUGCGUACCCUGAACUGGUUCUUAAAAAGCCACUGGACCGCGAAAGCCAAGUUGAUCACUUCUUGACCAUCAGUGGGGUGGAUGGGGGUCAUCCACCUCGUUCUGGUACAGCUUCUAUUCACAUUCAUGUGCUGGACGCAAACGACAACAUUCCAGUUUUUGGUCAAAGAGUUUACAAGGCCUACAUACAUGAAAACUCUGACCAUGGAACAGUAUUGGCAAAGUUAAAUGCAACGGAUUUAGAUAGUGGACUGUAUGGUGAAAUUAGCUAUUCGUUUAGUCACAUGCCAGACAAAACUAAAGGGGUUGUUAUGAUUGACCCUGUGACUGGUGAGGUGCGGGUGGCUGGGUCAAUUGAUUAUGAAGAGGCAAGCACACAUGAACUGGAUGUUCAAGCCAAAGAUGGAGGAGGACAGUCAUCACACUGUAAACUUAUUAUAGAAGUGACUGACCUCAAUGACAAUGCACCAGUUAUAGAAAUCAAGUCUGCCUCCCUCUCUGUCUCUGAGGAUGCUUCUCCUGGAACUAUGGUUGCUUUGCUCAAUGUUUACGAUUUGGACACUGGAGCAAGUGGUCGAGUAAUUUGUGACAUUUCAGAUGAUGUACCAUUUAGACUUGUGUCAGAAGUUAAAAAUUACUUCAUGCUCAUUACUGAUGGAGUUUUAGAUCGGGAGAAGCAGUCUUACUACAACAUAACAGUAACUGCAAUGGAUGCAGGUACACCUCCUAUGUUCAGCAGUAAAGUAGUGCCUAUAAUGAUUGGAGAUGUUAAUGACAAUCCUCCUGUUUUUACUCACAGUGAGUACACCAUUCAGGUGCCCGAAAACAAAGCUCAAGGCUUCCUUGUGACAAGGGUGAGGGCUAUGGAUGCAGAUGCCAGGCAGAAUGCCCAAAUACAGUACUCAUUAGCAGAGGAUGCAAUUUCUUACUUCUCACUGAAUGCAGAGACUGGAGAGAUCUUUACAUUACGCCCAUUCGAUUAUGAAACAUCAAGUCACUUCUGUAUACGUGUAAUGGCGCAGGAUGGGGGGAACCCCCCAUUUACAAGCACUUGUACUGUUAGGGUUUUCAUUGGAGAUGAAAAUGACAAUGCACCAGUUGUCCUUUACCCAGUUCAGUCUACUGUGCACAUUGCAGAUGAUAUAGUACCCUUGGCUGCUCCUAAAGGAUAUCUGGUCACUAAGGUGGUAGCUGUAGAUGCAGAUGCUGGACAUAAUGCCUGGCUGUCUUAUCAUAUAGUAAAAGCAACACAACAUAAUUUAUUCUCCAUUGGAUUACAUUGUGGAGAAAUCAGAACUCUCAGACCGUUUGCAGAUGAUGAUGAACCAAAACAAUUGUUGGUCAUUGCAGUUAGAGAUAACGGACAUGAAUCUUUUUCCACCACGGCCACUGUGAACAUUGCCAUUGGGGAGGGCCUUCCCGUUAUAGAUGAGCUUUCUGCCUUUGGCCUAGAUGAGUCACGAGUGAGAGAUGAUUUUAUAAUGUAUUUAAUAAUCACAUUGGCUGUGGUGUCUGUUCUUUUUCUCAUCCUAAUCACUGUAGUUGUUUACAUGAGAUUUUGUAGGCGCAGCUACAUGCACCGCUCCUCCACAAAGCUACCUGUUUUCCCCUCAACAUAUGGGCCUCCAGGCUACUUUGAUGUUAGUCGGUGUGGUACGUUGCAGGACGAUGAUAGGUACAGUUCAUUUUUAACAACAGGGUCGUGGAGAGGUGAUUUUAGAUUUGGGCCAGAGGUCUUUGAUUAUGAUACUCCAAAAAAGAGUGGAACAAUGCUGCAUGUGAUAGGAGACAAAACAGCCAAUGUAAAGGUGGGACCAUGUGCAAAUCUUUCUGUAAGACGCUAAUUUCAGUAAAAAUAUUAAAGAUUUCAGACUAAGCGAAAUUAAAACAUAGAAUGAAUAGUUUUGAUAACUAAAAUCCACAUUCACAGAACUAAUUUGUGCAUUUAUGUGUUCUAUAUUUGUCUAUUCAAAUUGUGUAUUAUUCCUUUAAUUUAUUUUUUUCCAGUACUGCAUGUGACUUUGUGCUCUAUAUCUAUCUUAAUUCUACUGCGUAUGUACUGUAUUGUAUCCAAUCUAAGGGGUAAUUAAAAAUCACACUGUGAAAAAAAAAAAAUUUUUACUUUGAUUUAAAAAUGUAUUUAGCUCAUUGUAAUUUUUUUAACCAAAUUAAAAUUUUAAAGCCAUGUACUGUACAUUUGUUUUAUACCAUCUUUUCUGCUUACAGUCCUGCUCUACCUCUCUCGCAUGGCCCCUCAAUAUCUCUUUCUUAUUUCAACCAAACCAAAUUUAAAGCCAUGUGAAUUGUUUUAUACAAUCUUUCUGUUUACACUUGUCUCUUAUUGUCACUGUGCCAUGUUUUCUUAGAACAGAUAAAAGAUCAAUCUGCCAAUCACAUCCAGACUUGCUGCCCCAUUUAGCAAAUAACACUGAUGCUUGCUCACUUCACCUUCACAACUAAUUAUCACUGUGGUCAUUUUAAGUGUUUAUAUGGAUAUCAGUAUUAUGUUUAUUUAGCUCACAACUAAUGGUAUAUUCUAGUUAUAUAGAUAGAUAGGUAGAUAGAUAGAUAGAUAGAUAGAUAGAUAGAUAGAUAGAUAGAUAGAUAGAUAGAUAGAUAGAUAGAUAGAUAGAUAGAUAGAUAGAUAUGCGUGUAAUUCAUCAUUCAUAAGCUAAGUAAAAUAAUAAUACAGUCCUUUUUGUUUAUUCUCUUUCACAUAUACUAAUACAUACAUGUGACUACAUAAAUCUGUUCAUAGAAAUGAGCAAAGAUGCAUUUUUCCUGGAAAAGUAAACAAAGAGUGCUUUCAGUUACACAGUGUAUGCAUGUAUGUACUAUUACUGCAACAGGCAAACAAGGGUUGGAUAUGGGUAACGUUUAAUUUAUCUUUAAAUAAAAAAUAUAUUGAUGGUGUGGUAGGUGGUUAUUAUGUGUGCCUGUUUUACUUUUUUCUACUUUUUUUUUUACCUUGCA